AUGUCUACGUCUCAACUUGUCUGGGUCAUCACUGGAACUUCAGACCUGGCUCUUGCUGCACUCGAGCGGGGAGAGAAGGUCAUCGCUAUCGUCCGGGCGCGAUCUUUGCACCUCCUAGCGGAUCUCAAGGAGAAGGGUGCAGAGACACUCGAACUCGAUGUCACCACUCCCCUUGAUGAUCUCAAGAAGGUUGCAGACAAGGCGGUAGGAAUAUAUGGCCGAAUAGACGUGUUGGUGAACAAUGCUGGGUAUCUACUCGUUGGCGCGCUACCUGAGGAAACCUUCAAUCAGUUCAACACAAAUGUGCUUGGCGCGCUAAACGUGACGCGGGCAUUCCUCCCUCACAUGCGCGCCCGACGAACAGGUACCUUCGUCUGGACAGGAUCCAUCGCCGGUUGGCUGCAAGAUGCGCCCAAUGCUGGCCUCUACACUGCCACCAAAUGGGCCCUGCGCGGAAUAUCAGAGACGCUCCAUACUGAAGUCUCCCCUUUAGGCCUUCGAAGUACUUGUAUCGACUUUGGGUGCUUCCGUACCUCUUUCCUGGGGCCAGACCAUCGAAAACCGUACGUAGCCAAGAUCGACGACUAUAGAGAGAUGACGGAGCAGGUGGAGAGUGCUCUGCAGGUUGUUAAUGGGAAGCAGCUCGGGGAUCCGAAGAAGAGCGCGCAGAUACUGUUGGACGUGGUUCGUGGGGAGGGUGUGGCGCAAGGGAAAGAGUUCCCCAAGUUGCUGUUGAUGGGGUCGGAUCGUUUCGAGGGCGUGCAGGAUCGAAUUCAAGGAUAUCUGAAGCUCUAG